CGAAACCCGUUCGUAUUCCGUCCCGCUGGAUGCGUUUUGUAGCAGAGGCAGCAGGCCACGCAAAAUGGCUUCAAGCUGCCACAACGUCAUCGACGAUUGUGUUAAGCGUUGUGCCAACCGCGAAAACCACACGUCCGAGCCAUCGUUGGAGAGGACUGACGACACCGACCCGAGCGGCGGCAGCCAUUUGAAGAAGCGAGAGCAGCACAGCGGCCGAAAUCUGCCUGGACUGCCCCCGAGUGAGGCGUACGGCACGGACCUCACCACAGACUCUUCGCCGUCCGAGUAUGACGACGAAACUGACGCAGUAGCAGCUCACGCUUCUGAGUGCGACAUGGAAAGCGCACAAGGAAAAGAAGCAGUUUCACAGACGAUGCCGUCAGCUGAACUUCUCCCGGUGCCCCAGACUGCAGAGGUGGCUUCCCCCGGGUCUGCCACCAUCCCUAAGACGCUGCAGUCCAUAAAGGCUUGCGAAGUGCGGCUCAAUGGCAGCACGGUUGCGCAGCCUUCUAUUUUGCCCAGCAAAGAUGCUGCGGUGCUGUCGAACGGUUGCAUGGUGCCGACUGUGCCACAGCCAAUGCCUGGCCCUGGGCCCCCGUCGGCUGCGGUGCUCACUGCAGCAGCAUCACCUGUGUGUCUGCCGCAGCAGGCUCUUCUCUCAACUUCUUCUUUAGCACUGUGCCUGCCAGCAUCAGAACAGGCUGCUGUGCUUCCGAAGGUCAAAAAAGACGGCGAAAAGAAGAAGCGGUCGACGAAGUCAUCCAAUUCUUCAAAGUCCGGUUCCAACUCCCACUCAUCGAACAGCGGGGAGGCUGCCUCGAAGUCCGAGAAGAGUCGAAAAAAGGCUGACUCUUCUGACCGCACUGAUCGCAAGGAGCGGCGCAAGAAACACAAGCACCGCGUGGACGAGGAUUUGCACAGCGCCAAGUGUACCUCCAAGGAGGGAAGCAAACACACGGAACCUCCAGAGAAGAAAUUGAAGAUUUCGAGCAAUACGGCAGCCAAGUCGUCCGGACAUAGCAGCAGCAAGAAGGAUCAGCUCCCGCACAAGACGAAACCUCCUCCUGCUCCACCACCGACGACAACACCUUGCAUCACCAUCGCACCGCCGCAUCCGCACUCGCAUCAUCAACCCCCAUCGUCAACACCACCAUCCUCAGCACCUUUGUCAUCCCCGCUGACGAUUUCACCUGUCAAGAACUGCAGCAGCGGUAGCAUGUGCUGUCGGUGUAAACGCAAGUGUGCUUCGCAGCGAAAUGUGGGCAUUCAGUGCAAAAAGGAGCGCCAUGGCAAUGCCCACUCGGCUUCUUCUUCUUCUGCCCCUCUGGGCCCUCCAUCUGUGGUUGUCGGUGCACUGUCUCUUGUCCCGAGAAUGCCUGCUUCUCUGGAGUUUGGACACAUGCGCCUGGGACGCUUUGUGCGCCGAGAAGUGCACCCCAACGGAGGCGGGGAAGUGCUGCACUUGUAUUGGGACGAGAUCUGCCACCUCGAGCCAACUGACAUGAUGCGGUUGGCAAAGGAUUUUCUCAAGGAAACUUUCUAUGAAGAUCCACCAGGUGUGGCUCGCUAUGUCAUGGGCAUUGUUCACGGUGCAGCGCAUAGUAUGCCUGAUUUUGUCGACUACUUUGCCGAGCACCAUCCCAACCUGGUGGUCAAGUGCGGCGUGUUGUGUCGGCAUUCGGACAUCGAGACUACCUCCAUGCUCAAGUUUCAGGAAAUGGUCGGGCGGACAUACAGCAGUGGCACGUACCGUGCUGGCCCCCUGCACCAGAUGAGCCUGGUAGGCACUGUGCAUGAGGAAGUCGGUGGCUACUUUCCCGAGUUUCUGGAAAUACUCGAGAAGUGCCCUUUCCUGUACCUCACCAUGCCUUGGGGUCCCCUCUCUCAAGUUCAUAUGGAGUCUCCGCAGGAGAGCAACGAUGGUCCCAUUCUGUGGGUGCGUCCCGGCGAACAGCUCGUCCCCACCGCCGACCUGACUCGAUCGCCAAACAAGCGUAACAGCGUGUCUGGGUCAGGAGCUAGGCGCCGAGACGAACUGCGCAAGUUGCAGUAUCUUCCCCGCGCCUCGGAGCCACGGGAGAUGCUCUUCGAGGACCGCACCAAGUGCCACGCGGACCACGUUGGGCAGGGCUUCGAUAGACUCACCACUGCUGCUGUGGGUGUUCUCAAGGCUGUCCAUUGCAACACAGGAGGAGAAACCAAUCGCAUCACCAAGGAUGUAGUCGCAUUCCAUGCGGGUGACUUCAAUCAGCUGGUGGAAAAGCUUCAGUUGGACCUUCACGAGCCGCCCGUUUCGCAGUGCGUGCAAUGGGUCGAAGACGCCAAGCUGAACCAGCUGCGCAGGGAAGGUAUCCGGUAUUCUCGCAUCUCACUGUGCGACAAUGACAUCUAUUUCUUGCCGCGGAACAUUGUGCACCAGUUUCGCACAGUGACGGCCGUGGCCAGUGUGGCCUGGCAUGUGCGCCUGCGCCAGUACUAUCCGCAGGAGACGACAUCUCCCCUCCCAGCGGCUUCAAGUCCCGAAGACACAACGGUGAAAGAGGUCAAAACCGAGGACUCCAAGCCCCGAAAGCGGGAAGCGGAUUCAAAGCCGCACAAAGAAUCGUCCAUUAAAAAGAUUAAGCUGGAGCCCGGAAAGGCACUCUCGAGUGAAAGAAAACCGGAGGAAGCAACAAUUGCCGUACAGUCAUCGUCGUCAUCGACCCCGAAGAAACACAGCGGGGACAAACACAAGUCACACAAGGAGAAGAAAGAGAAGGCUAAGGAGCUAGACUUUAAGGCCUCGUCUCACGAAUCAAAAUCGCAACAGCCACAUAAGGUUCAUUCUUCAGCGCACGGACCUAAGCCGCAGCUCCUGAAGAUUCCUGUCAAAGAAGAGCAGGAGGCCAAAGUUGAAACAACACCCGAGCAGACAUUGGUUUUGUCAGAUAACGUGGAUGGUCAAAUAAAAGCAGAGCCUGUAGAGAAUGAUGCAACUUUUGGUGCCUGUGAUAACAAUGCUCAGGUGUUGACAUCACCGUCGACGCUUUGCGAGCCACCCGCUGCAUCAUCCACUGAGAAGCCACAGACUUCAGUAGUCAAACCUGUGCAGACAGUUGAAGUGUCAAGUGUGGCUUCUUCCUUGUUGAGCGCUUCCACGGUGGUAACUGCAAGCCUGUCGGCACUCAAGACGAGUGCUGUGGUAUCGCCGGCAUCGACCAAAACUGGCUGUUCUACUGCAGUGAUGUCACCUCCUCCUUGUUAAAAAUGCUGGAGCUGUAUCUACUGUAGCUUCAUGUUUAAAAAAUGAUUCGACAGUACUUGCAGGUGUAACACAAAAUGACAAGGCUAGCUGCGCUACGUCUACAGAAGCUGAAACCAAGGUUAGCUCGUCGUUAGCAUCAUCUGCUUUAAAAACCUCUUCUGCAGCAACAUACACGGCCAUUUCCAAAAACAAUUCAAUAACAACUACAAGUACAUUUUCUUUGAAGAACAAUUCUUUAACAGCGGCUGCUGCUUUGUCUGCGAAGAGCAAUUCUGUGGCAAGUGCUGCCUCUUCAAAAAGCUUCUCUACUGGAAACAGCAUUGCUACUUCCAAGAGCACUUCUACAGCGUCCACUGCAGUUACUUCAAAGUCCUGCACCAUUGCCGGCAAUACUCUGUCAACUAAGAACAAUACAGCAUCAAGUACAAGGUGCAGUACUAUCACGAGUGUGGCACCUUCUUCAAAAUCCACAUCAAAAAUAAGUUCUACCAUCAGCACUACAACAUCAACAGUUAGCACCUCACUGGCUGCUAACAUUGCUGCUUCAGUUUCUAAAACUGAUACGUUUGCCACUGUGGCAGCGCUGUCAUCCCCCAAAGCCAAUUGUGUCACCACCAUGUCGAACUCUGUCACUAACAAAAGCUAUCCCUCAUCAAUGGCCAUGACAUUAACAUCAAGGAGUAGUUCUUCAGCUGGAGUUUCUCAUCACAGCCCGAAGAGCAGUCACUUUGUCAGUGCAUCUGCUGUCUCAACCUCCAAAAGUAGUUUGGUAAACACAGCAGCCAUAAAGGGAAGCAGUUUAUCGGUUGCAGUCUCUGUACAUGCGACAUCAAAAGCAAGUUCCAGCUUGACCACCGUAGCGCACCAUGCAACAUCUAAACUUGGUUCUCUUACGUCUUCCUCGUUCUCCAGAAUGGGUUCCACAAUUUCUACAGUUAUGCAUUCGGCCCCAAAAAGCAGUUCGAUAGUUACAUCAUCUGUCGCAGUCUCUCCUCUAGAACUUCUUCUCCCUCACACAACAGGCACAACUGCACCCAAGUCAUCAUCGCCAGCAGUCUCUUCAACGUCGUCAGCCAGUAAAGUCGUCUCGAUGUCCUUUUCCACACAGCCCGUGUCAAGCCUGUUGACGUGCAGUGCACAAAGGCCUGCAAUGAUUACGUCAGCUUCUCUGCCUCCAUCUCGAAUCCCGCCCUCUGCUAUGUCCAGAUCUGU